AAAACGUAAAACGAUCAACGGAACAUGCCCAGCGACGCAGAAAAUCUUCGGUUACGUCGCGAGGCUCGUAGAAAGAAAAUCCUUGUUUCUGGGGAAGAUCGCUUAAGUCGAAUUGUCAAUACCUUUUCUGGUCACCCAACACAACCUUCAUCGACCGAGACGGAAGGAGCGCCCACUGCUUCCGAUGUACAUCCCGCUGACGAGAAUGUACCGACCGCUGCCAAAGAGACGGCGGUACCAAGUGAUGAUUCUGUAAAUGUUGAUACCCCGGUGAAGCCGAUAGAUUCAAGAUUGCGAGAAAGAUUGAAGGCAACAGUUGUCCAAUCGCCAAGUGUAUCUCGUACCCCAGAUAGGAGUACACCUAUCACUCAGCGAGAUGAAUCAGAGACGAGCCCGUUGCUGCCAUUUGGUGACGAUAUGUCCUUAGAAGGGAGCCCUGCAGAUAUCUUUGGAAGAUCUUUUCCAAUUGAUGCAUUCAGAGAAAGGCUGCUGGCGGAAGCGGGAUCCAAAGUGACGGAGCAGGACGAAACCGUGGAGAUGCCGGCUCCAUCCGCAGUUUCCUCGGGAUCGCGUUUGUUACGCAUCAUACGAAUUGUAAGCGUGGUACUACUUGCUCUGUCCAGUCUUUAUAUCCUGGUGGUUGAAUCGGACGAACUGGACGAGUUAGUUGGGGAAGAUGAUAGUUGGGAUCCAGAGCAUACUCGUCCGUGGAAGAACUGGAUGAGAAAACUAGCUGUUUUGGGGUAUAAGCCCAUACAUGAAACCGGCGAGCUAGAGCUUGGAAAUAUGCAUGUGCGGCUUUGGAUGAUCUUCCUGACCACAGAACUUUCAUGGCAAAUAAUAACUUUUGUAUAUCGGCAGCUGAACGCAGACAAAACUCCGCGUGGAGGACUCCUGGAAUUAGCCGCCCAACUCGGCUUUCAGAAUCGGCGGCUAGAGUAUCUUUUGCAGUCCGUGAAUGAUUACCGGGUGAUAUGGGAGUCGUUCAUAGAGGAUCUUUUUGUGUUCAUCUUCAUUGUCGGUAGCAUAAUUGGGGUUGCUCUUUUGCUGAGUUGAGCGUACUACUCCAUGUUUCAAUGAUCCAUCAUGUAUCAUAUCAAGCUUCAACUUUCAGUACCACAACAAUAGAAUGGAUUGCAGUCGGACGCGAA